CAACGUUUUAAUGAACGGACGCGCGCCGCGGCGUAAAGGCAAUCUCGAGUUACAAGUAUCUGCCUCGGUGCGAUUUGUCACUCUUGAAGAAUUUCAAAUUUGAAUUCUUCAAACGUCAAUGAAAAUUAUUCUUUACACCUUGAUCUUUGCGGUUUGCACAUCGAUGUAUUGUUUUUUUUUUCUUUUUAUAGCAUACAUAUGUACGCGAUGUAAUAUUAAAAUUUACAUAUUCUUUUCUCUCUUUUGCAGAGGUAAAUAUGCGACGGUGAGAAGAUGCCGCGAAAGGUCCAGCGGCAGGCAGUGGGCCGCCAAGUUCCUGAGGAAACGACGGCGGGCCCAGGAGCUCAGAGCGGAAGCGCUUCACGAGGUCGCUGUGCUGGAUGCCGCGGCCCAUUGUUCUCGUCUCGUCUCCCUACAUCAGGUCUUUGAGACCAACACCGAGAUGGUGCUCGUCCUCGAACUGGCUCCUGGCGGCGAGUUACAAAUGAUACUCGACCGAGACGAAGUUCCGGAGGAGCGGCAGGUCGCCAGAUUGCUGAAGCAGAUUUUGGAUGGGAUAGCCUUUCUGCAUUCCCUGAACGUAGCUCAUCUCGACAUCAAGCCGCAAAAUUUGGUACUUACUGGAGAGUUCCCGGACUGCGACGUAAAGUUAUGCGAUUUUGGCAUAUCGCGAUACAUCAGCCACGGAGCGGACAUACGAGAGAUUUUGGGCACGCCCGACUAUGUUGCCCCGGAGGUCCUCAAUUACGAGCCGAUCAGCCUGGCCACCGACAUGUGGUCCGUCGGCGUGCUACUCUACGUGCUGUUAACGGGAUGCUCGCCGUUCGGCGGUGACACCAAGCAAGAGACGUUCUGCAACAUCAGUAGAUGUCGCCUGGACUUCCCGGACGAUCUCUUCGAGGACGUCUCCGAGGAGGCGCGCGAUCUCAUGCGCAAGCUCAUGGUUAAGGAUCCGAAUGAACGCCUGACGGUGACCGAGUGUCUCCAGCAUCCCUGGUUCAACAUGUUCGAGCAGCCGUCGACGCCACUGUCCUCGACAAUGUGUUCCACGUCAGAUGACAGUCCCGCGGCGGUGGAGAGUUCCUCGUCGAAACCUUUAUCUAUCGCCAACGGUCAGACCGCGUCGAACACAUCGUCAACACCGAAGAGCAGUGACGGCGAGAAGCAACAGCAUCGGUCGUCCACGACCGGUGUGUGCCACAGUCCUACGGAAUCCUGCGCAAAGCCGACAAGUCCGCGCGCCGUCUCCUCGCAUACGGAGAACCUGUAUUCGACAUCGAGAUCGUCGCCCAAGCCCAUCAGAUUCGGCCUGAGUCCGGAUCGCAGGGAUACUUUCAAAAGGAACAUGGAUUCGCUUGCGCGAAAAUUUUCCGGCUCUGUUUUACCGGAAAUCGUCAUCAUCGAGACGGGAUCGUCGACGAAUGCUGUCGGCAAUGGUGUUACUCAUCAACGUCGCGCCACCGCCACCCACACGAUGCCCGCGGGUGGCGGCGAGGUGUUCAAGUGCACGCCCGUCUUUAUUCUUGGUGAAGCGGAACAGCAGUGCAGCAGCGACAGCGGCAGCGACACCGUCUCCGAGAUCUCGACCGACAGCUCGAGCGAUCGUAGCAGCAUCUACUCGGAUGACUCCCUGGAUUUUAUCCUGUAUGGUAAAAGCCAGGGUAGAGCGAGCUAUCCGUUUACCGCCGCCGACGCGACCGCCGAUAGGUGGGAACAGCAGAGGCAUCAUCGCACCGCGCACAGAGUGUGGCCGCGCGAGUGCAGUGGCGUCGUCAGCAAGGCGCUCAGCCGUUUCACGUCAGAAACUUCGUCCAGCGGAACGAAGAUUGCGAAGAUCCCGACACCGCCGACGGCGACGGCAGUAAUGCGCGGCGGCAGCAAGGCUGGCCUCGAGGCUCUCCGCGAGCGGAGCGGUAAUCUGGUGGUUAUCAGGGAGCCUGUCCGCGCCGGCAGGUAUACCAGGUAUAGCGAGGUGCAGUGCGAGUCGGUGCAGGCGCGGAUUCGGCGGUUCCAGGUGCACGAAGCUUCGUAAAAUCAUCCCGCAUAAGCGUGCGCCGGCAGGUGUCGGUGUUGAAUUGUAUUUGCCAGGUGUCUGUCUUGGCAGUCUCCUCGAAUAGCUCCUUGAAAGAUUGGGAGCUUCGAGGCAAAUGUACAUAUUACAUAAUUACCUGUACAAUAACGCGGAAGAGAAGGGAGGGGAGAGGAGGUUUUGAGCAACGAGAUAUACCCGAGGGACAUGCGAAAUGAAGCACAAAGGUGGAAGGAAAGGGACGGGCAAAGUUCCUCGAGGUUUUUUUGAAGGCUGUGACGACAGAAGUUUCUCGGAAAGAUUCAGGAGAUUGCGCGUACAUUUUUUUUUUUUUUUUUAUAAA